GAGCCGGUCUGGCUGCGGCGGCCGGCGGGGCUCGCACUGCCGGGAUGGACGGCGAGCGCCUGGCGUCGGGUUCCUCGGAGCUGGCGGUCGGUGAGAGCCCGCGGGGCGGCGCCCCGAUCCCGGGUGGCAGCGGUUCCUGCAGCCUGCUGCAGGCCGACGUGCUGGAUCUGGACGAGGACGAGGACGACUUGGAGGUGUUCAGUAAGGAUGCUUCACUGAUGGACAUGAAUUCCUUCAGCCCUAUGAUGCCAACAUCCCCUUUGUCGAUGAUAAACCAGAUCAAGUUUGAAGAUGAACCAGAUUUAAAGGAUCUUUUCAUUACAGUUGAUGCACCUGAGAGCCAUGUUACUACAAUUGAAACUUUUAUCACUUACAGGAUCAUAACCAAGACCUCUCGUGGGGAGUUUGAUUCCAGUGAAUUUGAAGUCAGGCGCCGUUAUCAAGAUUUCCUGUGGUUGAAGGGUAAACUGGAAGAAGCGCAUCCCACGCUCAUUAUUCCACCAUUGCCGGAAAAGUUUAUCGUGAAAGGGCUGGUGGAGCGUUUCAACGAUGACUUCAUCGAAACCCGCAGGAAAGCAUUGCAUAAGUUUCUGAACAGGAUCGCCGAUCAUCCAACUUUAACAUUUAAUGAAGAUUUCAAGGUUUUCCUCACUGCACAAGCCUGGGAACUGUCUUCUUAUAAGAAGCAAGGACCUGGCUUGCUGAGCAGGAUGGGGCAGACAGUCAGAGCCGUGGCAUCGUCCAUGAGAGGAGUGAAGAACCGGCCAGAUGAAUUCAUGGAAAUGAAUAACUUCAUUGAAACAUUUAGCCAGAAAAUUAAUUUAAUAGAUAAAAUAUCUCAGAGAAUUUACAAGGAAGAAAGGGAUUAUUUUGAUGAAAUGAAAGAAUAUGGCCCCAUUCAUAUUCUGUGGUCAGCAUCAGAAGAUGACCUGGUUGACACAUUGAAAGGCAUUGCCAGCUGCAUUGACCAGUGCUGUAAGGCCACCGAGAAGCGGAUGUCUGGCCUGUCCGAGGCCUUGCUCCCUGUUGUCCAUGAGUAUGUGCUUUACAGUGAGAUGCUAAUGGGUGUUAUGAAAAGAAGAGAUCAAAUACAAACAGAACUGGAUUCCAAAGUUGAAGCUUUGACCUACAAAAAAGCUGAUGCUGAUCUGCUUACAGAAGACAUCGGAAAACUUGAAGACAAAGUGGAAUGUGCUAACAAUGCCCUGAAAGCAGACUGGGAAAGGUGGAAGCAGAACAUGCGAAAUGAUCUCAAGUCAGCGUUUACAGACACAGCCGAGGAGAACAUCCGCUACUAUGAACAGUGCCUUGCUACGUGGGAAUCAUUCCUCUCAUCACAGACUGACCUCCCUUUGGAAGAAGACUCUGAAGAUAAAAUUUAAUCCUAUCAAAGACUCCUGUUUGAUCUUUGAGAGACAGCGUCUAUCAACCAAAGUUGUUUUUUUCUGGAUUGGCUGUGCCCUUUAUAGAGUGGAUGACAAUUGAUUUUGCACUGUCUGGAAAACCAACAACUUAAAAACUCAGGUAUUCCAGGUCAUCAACGUGAAUUUGUGAUAUAAACAUAUCUAUCUAGAUAUAUAGGUCUAUUAUAUGAUGUAUAUGCUAUAGAUCUAUAGAUCUGUUAUAUGGAUAGAUAUUUAUCUAUGUCUAUAUGAAUAGAAAGAUUAGUGUAAUUUUAAUUUUGUUCUUAAAUUUAUGUGCUAUUAAUUACAUAUAGAGUUUUUUUCUUACAUAUUUGACUGUGGAACAUUACAUUUUUCAAUAUGUUGUAAAGACUUGGUUUUAAUAAAAUCUUUAAUAAAAAAUUGGUAUCUAUGAUGUGUUCUUUUUCUGUCAGAGGUCACACCUUUGAAACAGUUUGUAACAUGAAUUCAAUAUCCAUUAUCAACAUUAUGCAUACACUUUAAUGCCACCAUAAUCUACAUUGAUAUUAAGAAUUUGAAAGAAAUGUACAAAAUGAUUGAAUAUUAAUAACAAUUGCUUAAAAUUUUGUUAAAAAUUAAGUACUUGUUUUCAACAAUGUAAGAUUUUUACGAAGUAGGCUUAAAUUAUUGUCUUAUUAUUUAGAAAUCUUCAUAGAAUCUCAUUCACACUAACAAAUGGAUUCUUUUUUUGAUAAUUUUCUGCAUAUCUUUACAACUCACAGGCAGCUUUUAUUUUUUUUAAGCUUAUAGCAUCUUGAGCCUACCUAUUACGAGGCCGUGCUGUGGGUACUUCUGGUCCACAGUGAUGAAGAACGUUUAGUGCACUUUGUAGUAGCACAUGGCCUCUUUCAGAAAUGGCUUGCCAAAGCAUAGGUUUCCUUCACUUUCCUCAAAGCAAUUAGCUUUUUAUAAAACAAACAAAACAAAACAAAUUAAAAAAAAAAGAAAAAAACCAGACCAUGGUUUGAGUGGAGUACAUACCAAUAACUAUUACAUGGAAUCAAUGAAAGUCACACUAUAUUCUGAAAACAGCUGUUACUAUAAAACAUUUCUAACUUAUACAGUUGCUUGGAUGCAGGAAGUCCAGUUCUUUCUAAAGAGUCCACUCCCUCUUUUCAUUUCAGUUUCCUGGAGAAAAACUAUAAACAUGUUACCUUAACCAAAUAAUCAAUCAGAACAGAAGACUUGAGAGAGUCUCACUCUGCCGUCCUGGCUGCCUGGGACUUGCUAUGUAGGUUAGCCUGUCUAAAUUCAUAGAGAUACACCUGCCUCUUCCUUCCAAGUACCGGGUCACUCCAUAGGUAGAAUGUUCGUCUUCCAUUCACUCACCAAGCCCUGGUGUAAUCACUAGCCCCACAUAAACUGGUGACGUGGCACAAGCCUGUUAUCCUAGUACUUAAGGUGGAGGCAGGGGAAUCAAGACUUUCUUUGAAGGUAACCUUCGGCUCCAUAGCAAGUUUGAAACUAGCCUUUGUUACAUGAGACUCUAUUUUAAAAAAAUCUCUCUCUCUCUCUCUCUCUCUCUCUCUCUCUCUCUCUCUCUCUCUCUCUCACACACACACACACACACACACACACACACACACACACACACACAAAC